AUGACUGCUACCGCCGAGCCACAGGAGAUUAUCGAGCGUCUCAAGCAAUGGGGCGCUUGUGACGUUGCUGACGGCCUCAGCAAACUCAAACACCCACACGGCGGCUUUCUCGAAGGUCUCACUCUCUAUUCACCUGAGUACCGAGCCGGAGAGACAAAGAUCGUUGGCCAAGCAUUCACCGUUAAAUUUGUGCCCAAAGAUGACGAAGCCGCGCCGAAGCUGAGUGGGAACUAUAUUGAUAUGGUCCCACCCGGGGCCGUAAUUGUGAUAUCCCAACCGCUGCCACAGGUAAACGCUGUCUACGGCGGGCUCAUGACGCUGCGGGCACAGGCUCUAGGUGCAGCGGGGGUGGUGAUUGACGGACGUGUACGGGAUUUGGGAGAGCACAGGGCGCUCAAAUUUGCUCUGUUCGCCAGAUCGGUCGGCACGACAGCUGGCGGGGCAGUCUGUCGGCCUUCUGAAGUUAACGUCCCCGUCCGGCUGCACUCUGAGCACCAGGAAGCUUGGAUCAACCCGGGAGAUUAUAUAGUGGCGGAUUUGAAUGGGGUUGUGCGGGUGCCAAGAGAGGUGGUUGAGAAGGUGCUUGAUGUUAUUCCAGAGAUUGUGGAGGCUGAUCGGAAGUGUGCAGAGGGGAUUAGGGCGGGAAGAAGUGUAGAGGAUGUUUUUAAGGUCUUUAGAAAGCGGUAG